GGAUAUAAAUUUUAUACACAUAAUAAGAUGUCAGACAACGAAGCUAACACUGGUUCACCUAUCGAUAGGUCAAAAAGACCUCGUUUUGAUGAAGAAGAAUGGGAUUCCGAUUAUGAAGCAAGUAAUCACGAAGAUCGUCAUCCUAAGCGACUUGCUGUGCCAGACCCGGAAACAAAAGCACCUCAUUUUAUUCCAUCCGCAGAAGAUAAUGUUAAACAAGAAACAAUAGAAGAACUUGAAGUUGAAAAAGAAGGAAAUGAAACGAUAGCAAUUCGUUCUUUAGUAAGUACAAAAGAUGCUGGUGUCAUUAUUGGUCGAGGCGGAAAAAAUGUAAGUGAUAUUCGUGAAGCAUCAUCUGCUCGUGUCACAAUCUCCGAAAUAGUGCCUGGGGCUUAUGAAAGGAUUUUAACAGUAAUUGGUCCUGUUGAUGCUGUUGCCAAGGCUUAUUCAUUAGUUGCUGAAAAGAUAUUAUCUGAACAUACUCAAUUAGACGAUAAGAGCAAUGAGCAACAAACAUUAGUUAUUAAAUUACUUGUACCUGAUAGUAAGAUGGGUACUUUGAUAGGCAAAUUGGGUAAUACCAUCAAAUCGAUUCAAGAAACAAGUGGUGCUCGUUUAAAUGCUUCAGAAGAAUCUCUGCCCUUAUCUACUGAACGUACUGUGUCUAUUCAAGGCACGCCUCAUUCUAUUCAACAAGCUGUACAACGUGUUGCUAAGACAUUAUUAGACCAUCCUGACCGUGGGUCAGUCAAUAAUGUACCCUAUAGGCCUAUAGCAGCUCAUGGUCGUAACCAUCGUAAUGGUAAUUACAUGGGCAUGAGAUCAAAUAAUAACAACAGUAAUAAUAAUCCUGCUGCCGCUGCUGCUGCCGCGGCGGCGGCUGCGGCGGCUGCUAUGGGAUAUGGUGGUAUGAUACAUAUGGGUUCUAUCCCGAUGAAUAGUGCUGCUGCAAGUCAGUUUUAUUAUGGAGUUGGGCCUUCUACUACUACUGGUUAUGCUGGUAUGCCUACUUCAAAACAAAAUGAUUAUACUAUGGCUGCUAUGGGCGGCAUGGGAGCAAUGAAUGCAAUGGGUAUGAAUAACAUGGCUGGCAUGACCGGUAUGACCAACAUGAACUCUGCUACUCAAGCUCAACAAAUUUUCAUUCCUAAUGAAAUGGUUGGUUGUAUUAUUGGUAAAGGUGGAAGUAAAAUUAAUGAAAUUAGACAUUUAAGUGGCAGUCACAUCAAGAUUGCUGAUCCUCAUGGAGAUGCUAAUGAAAGACUAGUAACCAUUACUGGUACACCUGAAAGUAAUCAAAUGGCACUUUAUCUUUUAUAUGCUCGUCUUGAAUCAGAAAAAAAUAGAUUAGGUUUACAUCAGAGUUAA